AGAAAACCAUGCCCAUUCUCCAUCUGUCACCCUACAUGCUCACACUUCCGGAUAUACACAAAACCCAUCACUUUUCUAAACUGCGCGGCUUUAUGAGUCUUUAUAUGACUCCCUUGAGUCUUCUCUCUCUCUUUCUUCUCUGAUGCCCUACCUGAUACCUUGUGUCCUUCCGACGAAGAUUUUAGGCAAGUUCUACAUUGAUGGAGAGGCCUUGGAAGAGACAGAACCUUUCUUUGAACUUGGAUGAAUUUGAGAGACAUACUGAGAAGAUCACAGUUGAUAGGAUCAGUAAAUUGCCUGAUGCUUUGCUCCUUCAAAUCCUUUCCUUCUUGCAAAUGCAAGAUGUUAUGCGGGUGUGCUGUGUGUCGACGAGAUGGAAGCAUUUGUGGAAGUCAGUCCCUUCCAUAGACUUCACUGAAGCAAAGAUAAGGACAACUGGAGAGUUCAUUAGAGCUGUCAAUAAAGCACUAAGCAAUCGGGGAGGUUUACAGAUCAGAGAGUUCCGGGCAUGUGUCGACUCUGAUUUAUGCCAAAUAAACAAUGUUGACUAUUGGAUUACUGUCGUGGUGAGCCACAACGUUGAAGUACUGUAUUUGGACUGCAUCCCUAACAGACCAUUCGGCAAAAAUAAGGAUAAAUUAUGCUUGAUACCUCAAAGUAUGUAUCAGUGCCAAUAUUUGCACACACUAACAUUGAAGUUUUGCCAGAUGGACUUGCCGUCAAUUUUUUGCCUGGCCACUCUCAGAAAACUUCACCUUGAACUUGUGGAGUUUACCGAUGAAGACUUGGAGGUUCUUCUUAGCAAUUGUCCAGCCCUCAAAUAUCUGACACUGAAAAACUGCAAUAAGGACACUCAUCUUAGAGUUUUUGCUAAGAAUUCACAUCUUGAGAACUUGAAUAUACAUGAGGAUGAUUGGAAUUUAGAAACAGAUCUUUUGGUCUCUGCUCCCAAUCUCUUGACAUUAAAUUUCUCUGGUAUGCCAAAAAGAGAGAGGUUUUUUGUGGAGAACCUCAAGUCUCUUGUGUCUGUCAACUUUGAUUUCUCAUCAACAUACUGCCAUGUUUGGGACCCUGAAGAUCAUUUCCUCUUUGGGCAGUUCAUUGAAAAUUUCUGCCAUGUUAAAUCUCUCAAACUAAGCAAUUGGUGCACCCAGGAUUUAUCUGUUAGAGCUAUCCUAAAUAAUGGCACUUCAGUAUCUAACACGAUAAAUGAAGUGACACUUGUCACAAGAUUCAAUAAAUGUGAACUCGCAGGGUUGGUCUAUGUCUUGAAAAAUUUCAUCAAUCUUGGAGUCCUCAUUCUCAACGUUGUUAAAGAUGUUGAAACGGAGUUUGAACUUAUCUUAAAAGAUGAAGGGUUUUAUGAAACAACUUAUUGGAAACCAGAUGAACUUUCUGUCGCUGGUCUGCAGCAACAGCUCAGGACUGUUGAGAUACAUGGCAUUUUGGGCAGUGUAAGUUUUAGUUCUGCUGCAGAACUAGUACCAACAGAAGAUAUUCUCGAUAAACGAAGAACAGAGUUCGAGUUUGUUAGAUUUCUUCUCAAGAACUUGACGGAACUGGAGACUAUGUUCAUAACCCCAACAGAAGGUUUAAAUACCUUAUCAUACUCAAAGAAGCUCGACAUACUAUUCCAACUUUCUUCGAGAUUGUUGUCUUUACCUAGAUCUUCACCAAAUGCUCAUAUUAUUAUCCGUCCUAUUCAACGCACUGGUAAAUUUUAAUCACCUUCUGCUUAUUUUUUAAAUGUUGCAAGUUUUAGAUCCAUUAAACAGCUCACAUCCACAACUUCUGAAAUUACGACAUACUUAUUGUUGGGUACACAUGUUUUCUAGAAAACAUGCUUGUAUGUAUAAUGUUCAGUUUAUUAGAAUAUCAAUGUAUCAUGCAGUCAUUCAAUAUCAGAAAAGGGUUGUUAAAACCUUGUGUAAUGCUCUAUGUUAAUUGUAGAUAGACCAAAUGUAAACAUUUGUAAGCAGACUGGGAAAAGGAGAUUGUUUCCAAGUUUGUGAAUGAAUGGGGAAACUCCUUUUGAUGGAAUGAAGAUUGCUUUCUUGUUGCAGUUUUUAA